CUUCAUUGCCUUUAGACAAUGGGAAGCAGCAACUCCAAAAUAAGGUUUCUGUUUUCUCCAAGGAACAGUGUGAAGGACCACUAUAAAAGUACAAAACAGAAAGCCUUCAAUCAAAAUUCUGCACUGGGUGAUUUAUCAUUGGACGCAGACAGCAGAAGCCAUACAGACACACAGGAAACUCACAGCAGUGAUGAGGACACUGGGGAGAUAUUUUACAGGUUUGUGAUUCUUCAUGCUGAGGAUGAUAUAGAUGAAGCUUUAAGAGUCCUGGAGCGGCUGCAAAAUGAAUUCUGUAUUAAACCAGGAAUAAUCUUUGCUGCAAUGCCUAGUGGCAGGCACCUGUUGGAAAAUUUACAAGAUGCCAUGAAUGGCUCAGCAUGGACAAUCAUCUUGUUGACAGAAAACUUCUUCAGUGAGCUUUGGUGCCCAUUCCAGGCUUAUACUUGUCUGUUCAGUUCACUUACCAAGCCACACAAGGGCAACACAGUCAUACCACUGAGGCCACGGAAUAACCCACUCCCAUGGGAGAGGACUCCUCUUGUUCUCAGGGCCCUUCAUGCACUACAGGAAGAUAGUCCUGGGUUUGCUGCACAAGUAAAUAAAAUUUUCCAGGAGUCUAGCUACAGGCAACAGCAAGCUCUAUGGAAAAAUAUCAAGGAGAAGAAAGAUAUACAAGAGUUGCUGGAAUGGUGA